AGUUCUACUAGGUGCAAAAUAAUUACUGUGAUCGUGGCUGUUGUGGUUGCAAUCAUCAUUCUUUGUGUCGUUCUGAUCUUGGUGUUAGCCAAGGACAAAGAAGCCAAACCCACUACUGUAACCCCCACGCCCACAGAAUAUGUCCCACCGCCCCUACCCACUGGAGGUAAGCUGGUAAACACACUGGUUUGUUAAAAAAAAAGUUAUGUUAGUAGUUCGUGCUAAAAUAAUUUUCCGAAAGCGAACUGUUUUCGUGUUUACAGAAAGUUGACACGUGACUUACUAUUGAAAAAGAUCUAUUGCUCAUUUAUACAAUACACGACAAAGGAUUAGCCCCAUACAUCGCUAUUCCAUUAAUUGUAUCUUGAAUUCCCUUAGUUCCUGCCGGAGCAGACGGCCCUUAUGACCACGGGGUUGUUGCAGCCGAUGCAAGUUUGUGUUCUGAGGUGGGCCGAGAUAUUCUCAAGAAGAAGGGGUCAGCGGUCGACUCUGCCAUUGCUACAUUAUUUUGUAUAGGCGUCAUCAAUAUGCACUCGGCUGGUAUCGGAGGCGGCGGAUUUAUGACGAUCUACAAUCGAAGCACGAACAAGGCGGAAGUGAUUGACUAUAGAGAAGAGGCACCUGGAAAAGCAAACUCUACUAUGUAUAUAAAUAGCACCUUUAAUUCCAAAUAUGGUAAGAUUCACAAUUACUGACGUGCAUUUGAUGCAUUCUCUCUUGAUUUUUUAUCUCUUUAUCUCUAGUUAUUUUUUUGGGCUUUAGCAGCGCAAUGCUACGAAUAUAGUAUUGCCUGUUAUGUCGGAGUUGACACAUACCAGGUACAAGCUAAAAUGAGACCAACAGCCUUGCUAAGUGAACGUAACUGAUCGAAUAGUCCAAACAAUCAGUUUUCUUGUUGCUACAUCCUGUCACCCUAUAUAACUGAGAGGAUUACAUCCAUGUUUUACAUCUGCAUGUCACAAUUAUAUUGAUUAUUUUUCAUUUAGUGUUGUCGAAAUCAGUGGAUAGCAAUUUUCGCGCGUUUUGUUUGGCUCCAGCGAUUCCGAAUGUCCUUGACAAUUGACUGUUUUGCUUGGCUAGCUCGUCGUGGAUAACUGGAUGGAACGUGUCGCUGGGUCAUCUCAACGCAAAUGUCAUUGCUCGAAGCGCGGUCUUGCCUAAACUUUUUCACGUUCUUUUCCAGAUGGUUAAGCCACAUACUUUUCUCACCUUAUUGUCUCAGUUAACGUUGUCAGGUCAAAUGCUCAUCAUUAUUUAUUUGCAUUCAGUGUAACUUUUCACAUGCACAAAAAAAAACAAUUCAACAACAGUUAAAGGAGCUGUGUCACGACAUUCAGCCAAAUUAGGAAAUUACAAAAUGUCCGUUAAAUUAAGAGAAACAUAAAAAUAAUUGCUUAAAACUUUAAAGGAAGGUUAGAAUAACAUAACAGAAACAACAGAUGCCACGGAUGGGCAAAACUGAAGAAGACUGAAACGGAUUGAAAUUAGGGUUUUUGAAAACUGUUCAGCCUAACAGUUUUUCAAAGUUGAUCCCUGGUGCUUGCACUACAAAAAUAAUGCUCAGGAGACAUAUUUGUUUGUCUCGGAUCUCUGAUUUUGUCAUAUACCUGUAAUUUCUUUGCCUACUUUAAUUUCCAUAGCGAUUGAGGGCGAGAAAUUAGCAAAAUUAAACAGAAUGAACUGGACUGCCGUGACACAGUCCCUUUAACAAUUAUUGGACGAGGUUAAGCAAGAUAUCGUGAUUUGUCAGAAGCGACCAGAUUUUUUUUUUCACCUAAUUUGGCUGAAUUUCGUGACACAGCUCCUUUAAGUCGAAGGCUGAGGCAAAUAAUUAAUUAACCUACCAGACACUGACAAAUUACGAUAUUUUGCAAUCACCGGGUUUGUUUUUUAUUGAAUAUUUUCGGGAGACGUAGCUAUUUGCCAUUUUCACGAAAGAUGCGAUCGCAAUAAGGAGAAUAGUGUGGUUCAUUUACGCAUGAUCAAAAUAUUAUUUGCAGCCAAACAUUGUUGGGCGACAUUGCGCAUGAGCAGGCCAUUAUUUUUAGCGGGCAGUUAUUUUCAGGUAACGUGGUUGGUUCCCUACCAAUGAGAAGGGAGAAACAUUUGCAUCAAAUGACGAUAAUCUUUAUUUUUCCUUAAUUCAAGUUUCACCAAAGUGCACAGCCCGGAGGUGGUUAGUGCUCAUCCCCGGCUUAGCGGGCUAGUCAAUCUGACAUGAAGUUGCCCCUAGUCGCCUCAUAAUGAUUAUCAUGUACUUUGCUACAUUAUGGUCACAUUAUUCGCCCACUAUUCUUACAUGAUUCUCACAUUAUUGAGUCAUCAUUGAUUCUUACAUCGUUGUUUCUUCCCCCUUCGUUGGUACAGGACCAUCAGCGUCAGGUGUCCCUGGUGAAGUGAGAGGAUUUCGUAAAGCUUGGAAUAAAUAUGGUAGAUUACCUUGGAAGGAUCUUGUACAACCCGCUAUUGACCUAGCGAAGAAAGGGUUUCGUUUCGGCUA